AUGAUUGAAGUAGAAGAUAUCAUGAAAGAAAUAAAUGCUACAGGAAAUACUAAUGAUAAAACAAAUAAUAAAGCUAAUGUUAGUAAAAAUAAUGGCCUUUCCAAGAAACAACGAAAAAAGCAAAAUAAGAAAGCUAAGACAAUAAAGCCAAAUAAUAUUGAGGAAGAUAAACAAAAUCAAGAAAUCGUUGAAGAGAUAAAUGAUGAUGAUUUGGAUUUGGACGGAAAAUUAGUUGAAAAGAAUAGCAAUGAAUUGGACGAGAAUAAUUAUAACAAUGAUGAUAUUGAAGAAGAAAAGGACUGGAAAAUAAAUAAAAAGGAUGAAAAGAAAAUGAUAAAGGAAGAGAGGAAGAAAAUUCGAGAAGAAGAAAAUUUGAGGAAAUUAAAAAUAAAAGAGGAAGACGAUAUUAAAUCAUUAUUAGCUAUGAAUAAUAGCAGCAAAAUGAAUUUAAAAUAUUAUUUAAAUAAUAAAGAAAUGGAAAUAAAAAAUAAUUUGGAAAAGGAAAGAACUGAAGAAUUGGAUGAAGAAAACAAUGAAAAUUCUAAAUUGAAAGUAGAAAAAAAUCAAGAUUUGAUGAGAGAAAUGAUUCAAGAUAUGAAAGAAGAAAGCAAUGAAAAUUUGGGAGAUGAGAAGAAUGAAAUAUUAGAGGAAGGAAAAAUUGAAUAUUUGGAAGAAAAGAAUGAAGAUUUGGAAGAUAAAAGAGAAUUAAAUGAAGCUAACAAACAUUUAAUGAUAGAGAAUAAUCAAAAUUUAUUAUCUAAAAAUCUGGAUAAAGGAAAAAUUGAGAUAACCCAAACAAAUGAUAAUGAAGUGGAGAUAUCCGCUAAUGAAAAUCAUGAAGACGAAGAACAAAAAGCUAAUAUGAUUGAUAAAAAGGAAGAAAAUAUUUUGAAAAAGGGGGAAAGAGAAGAUAAUGAACUUGUCCCAGUUAAUGAAGUUAUUUCAAAAGAAAAUCACAAAGACUUCAAAUCAUUUUCAAAAUUCACUCCUUUUCACCCAAAAAUGUUUUUAGAGGAAAAAUUACUAUUUGAAGCUUAUGAAAAAUUUAUUGGAGGUAAAGGAGAUCCAAAGAAAAUAAUUCCAGCAUUGGAAAUUGGAGUGAUUAUUGAUGAAAUUAAAAAACGUUUUGAUUAUAUCAAGAGAUUCAAACAAAAUAAUAUUGAAAAAGUAAUAAAUUGUGAAGAAAAUAAAAAUUCAACUAGAAUUUUAUUCGGGAGUUUAAAAGGUAAGGAGAAAGGAUUUUCGGUGGGAAUAAGCAUUUUUGGCUUAUUGUAA